AUGGCGAUAACUGAAUUUGUCACCAAAAUCCGUCAGUUCUAUUCGCCAAUCCAAGCCUGGAUCUGGCUCUUACUCGCCGUCCUUUCUACUGUGUGGUCCACCAAGAUUUCCUCUUAUCCCUGGACGAAAGCCAAACUUACCGUCGCCGUCCUCGCCGUGAUUCCGAGCUGUGCUCCACAAGCUCCGAUCAACAUACGGCAUCAUUUGCGGCAAGACGUUUACUGCAUCGUCAAAACUCUGUGUUCCCUACUCUUCUUCAACGUCUUCAAACUCCUCGCCGAUGCUAUGACCGUCGCCGAUGACAUUUGGAUCUGUGCCGCCGCCGUGUGUUUCUUCCUGUACAUCCUAGCCGUUGAUGUGAAGCUAGGAGUAGAGGACGAUCUCGGAUUCCUCGACGGUCUGCUCUUCGCUGUCUACAGUACUUUCCUAAACGACUUUCUUCAGAAACCGGCGGACGAAAGGCGGUUCUUCACCUCCUCCGGCGUUCGAUUUCCGGCGUGGCUCCUCCACUGUGUUUUCGCUCUUCUGUUGUUGUUCAAGAACCUUAGAGCCGGCGUGCCUGAUCCAGCAGACAAUCUCGCCAUCGUCGUCAACGAGUACCGCAUCGCCGCCGCGGCUCCGAAUACAGUCGUCCAACGUCCUGCCGCCGUCGAACGUCGCGCCGCCGUCGAACGUGCACGAAACCCUAAGAUUUUGAGAUGGGCUUUGUUGGGUUUGUACGUAGUUUCUACAAUUCUAAUGGGCCGGCCCAGUCUGUGGUAA